AUGGGAUCAUCUCUUCGUAACCCCGCGGUCCUGUUGUGCGCCCUUCUUGUUCCAACUCUCGUUAUCUCUCGUCCCACCAUAGUUCCUGGGGAAUGCCCGACUGCUGCAGCCCUACCACUUGACUCCCACUGCAUUGAACCCCUAGCCUCGACUGUAAUUCCCGAAAUUACAGUCUAUGAACAUACCCCACAUAGGUCUUCGGCCCUGACAGUUUAUGUCGACUCGCUCCAGCAGAUGACCCGGAAGGCCAAGGCAACCAUUGCUGUGCUCUCGACCCUGAUCGCGUAUGUAUCUAUCAACAGCAUAAUCCACGUACUCCGGCCGACUGCCUUUGUCUGGUCUGCCGAGGACCGGGAGGAGCGGACCUGGAUUGCGAGCUCGCGCUCGUGGUUCGACCGCAAAUCCUGUCGAUGGCUCGGCGUCUGUGGUGCAGCCCAUUUACAAACCGUACACGGCAAAUUCGGAAAUCGCAAUCCAGAGGAAUGGGUAAAUUCGCGAGAUGCCGAGCCAGAGGCAUGGCGGUCCUGGUGGCUUAGCGGGGCUAAUGAGUCCGAGUGGGAUGCCGAAGAGCGGGCUCGGCGGCAGAUCCCGGACUAUGUUUUCCACUACGCCCCACUUGUUCACCUUUAUUCUGGCGAGCAAUUCUGGCCUGGGGAUAUCGCAGAGCACUUGCAUCAUACCACUCCGAGCCUGAAUUUCACUCCAAUUCAGGCCCAAUGGGACCGUCCGACCCUGGCCAAUCUGGAUGAGCUGAACAACUGGGAAAGGGGUAGGCACGUUUUCUUGACGAGCAAUGAUAAUGUGCAGACGCGUCCACCAUGGCUGGAGGGCGAUAGCAAUAUCCCCCAACCGGAUGGAAACAUUAAACAAGAAUCCUGGGCUGAUUGGGAUGGUCGAAUUGAUGGUGAUAUUCCCGGUGACACGGAGGAAGAUCGCGCCAAGUGGUAUGAUUUCCGCCAACAAGAGCCUGCCGUUGUGCAAAAAUCCGACGUCGACGAAAAUCUUGAAGCUCAGCAAAUACUGAGAGAAGAGCUCCGCAAACGUUAUGGUGGAACGAAGAUCUACGAUGGAGGUGCCGGUGGUCGAAGCGAUGCCCCUGCAAUCCUGGUGGUAAUGGACAAAGGCAACGGAAUUGUCGAUGCUUUCUGGUUCUACUUUUACAGCUUCAACCUCGGUACCACUGUUGUUAAUGUGCGGUUCGGUAAUCACGUUGGCGACUGGGAGCAUUGUUUAGUACGAUUCCACAAUGGCAAACCAAAAGCGCUCUUCUUCAGUGCUCACCAGGGCGGAGAGGCUUACAGCUACGAAGCGGUUGAGAAGCUUGGACAUCGACCCGUCAUCUACUCUGCCGAGGGCAGCCAUGCCAUGUAUGCCACGACCGGACUACACGAGUACAUUCUCCCCUGGGGACUGCUGCGUGAUGUAACCGAUCGUGGUCCACUAUGGGAUCCCCUCCUCAAUUCGCAGGCCUAUACCUAUGAUUUCGACAACGAGGAUCUUCGGGCAUCCACCUUCAGUCCUUCUGCGCCAACGGAAUGGUUCCAUUACAGGGGCCACUGGGGCGACAAGUUCUAUCCUCUAGGAGAUUCUCGUCAGUAUCGGUUUGCAGGCCAGUACCACUUCGUGAACGGACCCCUUGGCCCGAAGUUCAAACAUCUCGACCGUUACAAAGUGUGCCAGGGCCCCGAUCAUGCUCCCUGUGUGAUUAAGAACUAUGUCGAGCAAGGGAAACGACCUCAGCGAUGGGGCUCAAGCGGCGCGGGAGAGUAG